AAACUUGUAGUCAUCAUUGAUUUCUGUUAAAAGUUUGUGUAGUUUUGUGUAUUGUAGCUGUUGUAGUUCAGCUUUAUUGAGGGGAAUGUUGUAUUGUGUCAGUGUAAACAGCUGUCUCCCUUCUUUUUGUACUAUAUAUAUAUAUGUUUAAUAGAAAGCAAUCAUAGUGUGGUGAGUGUGUGAGAUUUCACACAAAAUUCAAACUUCAAGUUGGUAUCAGAGCGGGUAACCAUUCUGAUCACCGUCCGCUGUCGUCCGCCGUCUCCGGCCACCAUUUCCUCCGGAGAAUCUAGGGUUGGGUGCGCCUUGAGGAGCGCGACUCACCCUUGCAAGUCGCGUGGCCAGAAUUCCAGCCACGUGCCACCACCAGUUUGCGCCAGUUCCGACGCAUGAAGUCCACGCGCCGCCCUCCGACCACCGGAAGCUUGCCGGACCAGUUUCAAACGCCUCGCCGUGUUCUUCAGGGCACGUUUCAGACCUUGUUUCAACCCCUGCUCUCCAACCCGUGCAUCCUCUUCUUCUACUUCGUUAGGGUUUCUUUUUCUUUUGGUAAAAAAUGGCUUCUUCCAGCCCUGUGUUUUCCUUCUCUGGAACCCCCACCAUCAGUACUGCAAAAACUUAACUGGAAGAACUACCUGCCUUGGUCUGCUUCAGUGGAGUUGUGGUUUCUUGGCCAAGGAUAUCAUGACCACUUGGAAAAGGGAGUUGGUGCUGUCCCAAACGACAAGAAAUCUGAGUGGGAAAAACUUGAUUUUCAAUUGUGUGUUGUGCUAUGACAAUCUGUUGAGCCGAAUGUUUUGGAAAUCCUUAGAUCAUUCAAAACAUGUUGCUCUUUUUGGAAGAAGGCCCAAGAGAUAUUUGCCAAUGAUAUUCAAAGUCUGUUUGAUGCAAACCAGAAAGUUGCUGCUCUCAAACAAACCAGCCAUGAUAUGAUUGCACAUAUAGGUAAAGCUUGAGCGGCACUGGAAGAGCUGAAAAGGUUUCUUGUGGCUGAUUCGUUGGAGGAAGUAAAUAGGAAGCUAGACAAGUUUUACAUGGUUCUUAUUUUGAGAAGCCUACAUUUAGAUUUUGAUCAUGUGCGUGAUCAAGUUCUUGCUGGUGACUAAAUUCCAUCAAUGGACUCUUUCAUUACUAGACUUCUUCGUGUGCCCCAUGUGUUGAAAGAUGAAAACUUAGUUGAAGUCGUGGAAACGUCAGCCAUUGUUGCACCUCGUGGAAGAGGAGGAGGUCGUAACAAUAGAGGAGGCCGCAGUGGAAGGAGUGGACGUCCUCAAUGCACCUAUUGUAAGAGGAUGGGUCACACUCAAGAAAAUUGUUACUCCUUACAUGCCUUUCCUGACAAAGUAGCACAUGUAUCUAAAUCAGAAAAAUCAGAGUCUAAGUUCUCUGAUGAGGAGUACCAAGAAUAUUUGAAGCUCAAAUCUGAAAAAUCCAGCAACCAAACACAAUCCUCCUCCGUACCAUGUGUUUCAACAACAUGUAUCUCUCAAUUUAUGGAAGGUCCUAGUCCUUGGAUACUUGAUUCAGGAACAUGGUACGGGUCGUCUGAUUGGAGAAGGACGUGAAUCACGAGGACUUUAUUACUUAGAAUCCAACUUUCCUGUGUGCUGUUUGCAACUUCAAAACCCAAGCUUUUGC